CCCCCCUCCCUCCCCUCCCUGGGUCAGACAGGAACAACAUGGCGCCGGUGGUAUCGUUAGCUUCGGGUCCGGUCGGUGUGUGAGCGGCAGCGAUCCGUCAGGAUGAACCUGUGCAGCCAGUAUCUACGACAGGCAGAGGCCCUGAAGGCUGACAUGACAGACUCCAAGCUGGGGGCAGCAGAGGUGUGGACGUCCCGGCAGGCUCUGCAGGACUUGUAUCAGAAGAUGUUGGUGACUGACCUGGAGUACGCCCUCGACAAGAAGGUGGAGCAAGACCUGUGGAAUCAUGCCUUUAAGAACCAGAUCACCACGCUGCAGAGCCAGGCCAAGAACCGAGCCAACCCCAACCGCAGCGAGGUCCAGGCCAACCUGUCGCUGUUCCUGGAGGCGGCCAGUGGAUUCUACACCCAGUUACUGCAGGAGCUGUGCACCGUGUUCAACGUGGACCUGCCCUGCCGGGUCAAGUCGUCCCAGCUCGGCAUCAUCAGCAAUAAACAAAUCAGAACCAGCGCCAUCGUCACCCCUCAGCCCAGCUCCUGCUCCUACAUCUGCCAGCACUGCCUCGUCCACCUCGGGGACAUCGCACGGUACCGGAACCAGACCAGCCAGGCCGAGUCGUACUACAGACACGCUGCUCAGCUGGUCCCAUCAAACGGUCAGCCGUACAAUCAGCUCGCCAUCCUGGCCUCUUCUAAAGGAGACCACCUCACCACCAUCUUCUACUACUGCCGCAGCAUCGCUGUCAAGUUCCCCUUCCCAGCAGCCUCCACCAACCUGCAGAAGGCGCUGUCCAAGGCUCUGGAGAGCCGCGACGAGGUGAAAACCAAGUGGAGUGUGUCCGAUUUCAUCCGAGCGUUCAUCAAGUUUCACGGGCACGUCUACCUGAGCAAGAGCCUGGACAAGCUGGACGUCCUCAGGGAGAGACUGGAGGAGCAGUUUCAGAGGCUGAUCCUGCAGAAAGCCUUCAGCUCCCAGCAGCUCGUCCACAUCACCGUCAUCAACCUGUUCGAGCUCCAUCACCUCCGAGACCUGACGGCCGACGGCAGCGAGCAGAGCUACAGCAGCGAGCAACAGAUCAGCUGGUACCAGCUGCUCGGACUCUUCAUGUCCUUCUUGGGCGUCAUGUGCAGUCGCGCUCUGCUCAACAAGAACCGCGGUGAGGAGAUCAUGGGCGAGUGUCCUCUGCCCGCCAUCAAAGUGUCUCUGGAUUGGCUCAAACUGAGGCCCAGCGUCUUCCACGAGGCCGCCGUGGACAAGAGACACCACAUCUGGCCAUGGCUCGUCUCCAUCCUCAACAGUUUCCAGCCCAAAGAGGACGACGUGUCCUGUUCUUCAGUGACGCCCCUGCCAGAGGAGUUUGAGUUGCAGGGUUUCUUGGCGCUGCGUCCUGCUCUGAGGCUCCUGGACUUCACUAAAGGUCAUCAGGGCAUCCUGGUGGACAGGGACGGCCUGCCGGUCCACACCCGUCACCAGAGGCUCAUCAGUCUGGGUAAAUGGGUCGCCGACAACCAGCCGGGGCUCAUCCAGUGCAGAGUGAGCGAGGACGGCCUCCUCGUCUUCAUCACUGACAUUCCGGAGCAGGCCAUCGAGGAGCCGCAGGAGAAGGAGGCGCCGGUGCUGCAGGAGUCAUCCAAUGGCGAGCAGACGGCCAACGACGGCGGAAACUCUGGCCUGAAGUCGGUGCUGUCGGCGGGGAAGACGCAGAGCUCGUGGCCCGACAGCAGCGACCGACCCGUCGUCACCUUCAAGGAGAACAUCAAACCCAGAGAGCAGAGCCGCGAGCAGACACGGAACCAUCACCUGAAGGACAGCAGCAAGGAGCGCCGCGACUUCACCAAGGGCAACGGGGCUGCUGGGAAAGGAGAGCCGAAGAGGGACGGGAAGAGGAAGAGCGAGCUGAAAAAACCGGGUCACGACAAAAGUGCUGACCCCGGGAAACAGGUGAAGGCGCAGACGGAGCUGAGGAAGACGCCGGUGUCCGAGGCCAAGAAGACGCCUGUCACUCAAACACAGACCACCUGCUCCUCCCAGUUCAUCCCCAUCCACCAUCCAGGAGCUUUCCCUCCACUGCCCAGCAGGCCGGGUUUCCCGCCCUCCGCCUACGUGAUCCCUCCCCCGGUGGCGUUCCCGGGGCUCCAGGUGAAUCCGGGCUUCACCUUCCCCACUGGCGUGUCCGUCCCCGGACCUUUUCUCCAGCCGGGCGUCCACACUCAGGCCGGCACCCAGGCCGGGAAGCAGUCCCACAUUCCCUACAGUCAGCAGAGGCCCUCUGGUCCCGGUCCGGGUCAGGGGCCGGGAUCGUCGGGCCAAGGCCCGGGACCCAUGAACCAGGGCCCCUCUCAGGGUCAGCAGCCCCAGACCCAGCCGCCCUCCCAGCAGGCCUUGCAGCAGUCAGUCCAGCUACAGGUCCAGGUGAUGAGCCAGCAGCAGCAGUCUCCAACCAAACCGGUCCAACAGGUUGGGAUGGGGAAGAGUCCACCUCACCACCCGGGCCUGCAGCAGUACAUGCAGGUCCAGGAUCAGCCGGCUCAGAUGUGGAACCAGGCUCCGGCUGCUCUGCAGAAGAUCUCCCCCAUGCAGAUGUCCAUGAAGCAGCCUCAGCAGCAGCAGCAGCAGCAGGCCUUCUACAUGGCAGCUCAGGAUCCUCUCAAACUGUACGAGCACCAGAUGCAGGCCUCCGCCCAGCCUCCGCUCCCCAACAUGGACAAGAAGAUGAAGUACCCCAACGUCAAGGUGUCGGACUACUACUGGGAGCCGUCGUACCGGAUAGGAGACGGGCUGGCCGUGAUGGCCGACAGGAUGAAGAGGCCUCCGCCGGGCGGCAUCUGUCCUGAGCAGGACCCCUCUGCUGGGCCCCGGGGGCCCCCGUUUGAGGACAACAAGAGCUCGCCUCUUCUCCCUCCUGACCUGUUAAAAACUCUAGCAGAUUUUGAGGAGGAGGAGGAGCUCGUCUUUACUAAGCCUCCUGAUUUCUUCCAGGCCUUGGCCGGCCCUCUUAGCACUGCUCCUGGACCAAACAUAUUUCUGCCAAACCAGACCAGGAUGGAGAGCGGCCCCGAGGUCAUCAGCCAAUCAUCUUCUCUGCUUCCCAUGUCAGGCUUUCCCAUGCAGGAGUACAACCAGAACAGCAUCUUCAGUCAGGCAUACGGGAAGAACCUGCCCCCCAGCUCCAAGCCCGACGCUCCCAUGAUGCACCAGGAGCCGUCCCUCUACUCUCUGUUUGAAGGGACUCCGUGGUCACCCUCCCUCCCUGCCAGCUCAGAUCACUCCACCCCGGCCAGCCAAUCCCCUCACUCCUCCAACCCCAGCAGCCUGCCGUCCUCCCCGCCCACACACAACCACGGAGCCAUGCCCUUCUCCAACUUCGGACCCAUCGGCACACCAGACAGCCGAGAUCGCCGGGUCGUGGACCGCUGGAAGGCUGACAAGACCGGUGCCGUCAGCGGCUUCGGUCUGGACUACCUGCCGGCUGCAGCCUCGGCAGCUUCGGACAGCAGCUGGCAUCCGAGUGGACCCACAGGCAGCUCCUGGACCAAUCAGGAGUCUCCGAUGGAGGAGUCGUCCUCCACCGUGCUGCUGGACAGCCUCAAGUCCAUCUGGUCGAGCUCCAUGAUGCAGCCGGGCCCGUCGGCGCUGGAGCAGCUCCUCCUGCAGCAGAAACAGAAGCAGCAGCGAGGUCACGGCGCCAUGAACCCGCCUCACUGAACGGCAGGCCGAGGCGGCGCUUUGUGUCCGGACGUCAACCAAACCACCACCAGGAGGAAACGGGAGGAGAAAAAAGUUUUGACGAAGACAAGCUCCAACUAAAAUGGAAAAUUAAAGCGGUGAGAAAAGGUGGAGGCUGGGGAGGCGACACGACCCCCCGACGAGGCUGAAACACCACCCCACCCCCCUCGGCUGUCGAGGAGCGGUGACGCCCCUCCUUGGACCGGAGGGAGCGGGAUCUCUUCAACCAUGGUGCCAACGCGCCACGCCGCCGCCGCCGGGUUUCCUUCAACCCGCGGACAUCUGAACAUUGAGGAACACACCCCGCCUCACCACCACUGCCCCCUCCACCCUCAUGAAGAACUCCUCCUUCUUUCUUUGACAAAAAAUAAGACGUGGACCUCCUAGACGUCUGCUCGGCAUCAUGGGAGCGCCUGUUUUUAGCGUCUCCACGCCGCAGACUGACGGUGAGGUCAGAGAGUGAGGACGGCGUGGUGGGCGGGGUCAGGUGAAGCAGCGGGGUCAACAUAGACUUUCUGAACUCUCAUUCAUUUUCAUGACUGUGGAGGAGGAGCAGGAGGAGGAGCAGGCUCUCUGUAGUUUAGUUUGAAUGAGGAGGAAGGAGCAGCAGUGUGUUGGACAGCUAUAUAAAUAUAUAAAUAAAUAUAUAUUGCCAUAGUUGGACUUUAACGGGCCGUGUCUCUUAGCCGUGCUGUGAGGACGAGGACUGGACUUUGAGGAGCCGGGUCACGUGACCCGGACUGAGCGUGCUCACUCGCUCGCAGUCCGAUCUUUUCUGUUUGGAGGAAGAGGCCGGAGGUCCGACGAUGGCGGACGGCGUGGCGGUGCCGACGAACGUCACGGGACAGAAGGCGGGGCUGAGGACACGAACCCGUCACGUAGUUUUACCGUUAGCUUGGAAAUAACAAACCUGUACUUGUGAUUUGUUCGUAGCCGUUUUUAGCUUGGCGCCCUCGACAGGUGAACACAGGUGUGUCUGUUCGCUUCCUGCUUCAAUAUUUUCGGGGUCUUCUUCUUCUUCCUCUCCGGCCUCUUCCUGUUUAUUAAUUUAAUUAACGAAGAAAAAAAACUAACGUGAAGGUUUAACGUGCUCGCUGAUUAACCUCAUUUACAUUUUCUACAUGUCUCACUGACCAUUACAGACAGACAGGUGACAGACAGGUGACAGACAGGAGACAGACAGGAGACAGACAGACAGACAGACAGGGACUGACAGACAGACAG